AAUUUAUAGAACUACUAAAUAUAAUACUAAAAUGGACUCACGAGACACUUAUUUUUUUAUUUUUUUGGACUCACGAAUCACGAUACACUUAGCUAUAUGUAUCAAUCACUACCAAUGCAAAUGCGAAUCCAUUUCCAACACUCGACCUAAGAACUUAACCAGAUCCAAUGGCGGACAAUAGGCAGCCACUUCUGUCCUCGAGAGACGAGGUGGUGCCACCUCCUCAACAUCAGGUGCAUGACCACCUAGAGUCCCUCCCACCCGCAAACCCUUCUUUCAUUUCUAGCAGCACCUUCAAUCCCGACUCCGAUGACAUCCCUCCCAUCAAUGGCGUCCGCGACUUCUUCCGAGAGUUCAAGCGGGAAUCCAAGAAGCUCUGGUUUCUUGCCGGCCCCGCCAUCUUCACUUCCCUAUGCCAGUACUCUCUCGGCGCCGUCACCCAAAUCUUCGCCGGCCACGUCGGCACUCUAGACCUGGCCGCCGUCUCCAUCGAAAACUCAGUCAUCGCCGGAUUCUCCUUCGGCGUUUUGCUUGGAAUGGGGAGUGCGCUCGAGACGCUAUGCGGGCAAGCGUUCGGGGCCGGACAGUUGGACAUGUUAGGAAUCUACAUGCAGCGUUCGUGGGUGAUCCUCAACAUAACCGCCGUAGCGUUGUGCUUUCUCUACAUAUUUGCUCAGCAGAUUCUGUACGGAAUAGGGCAGACGGCGGAGAUAUCAAAGGCGGCGGGGGUGUUCGCUCUCUAUAUGAUUCCACAGCUGUUCGCGUACGCGUUUAACUUUCCGAUAACCAAGUUUCUGCAGUCGCAGAGCAAGAUCAUGGUGAUGGCGGUGAUCGCGGCGGUGGUGCUGAUCAUACACACAGUGUUCAGCUGGCUGCUGAUGUUGAAGCUCGGGUGGGGGCUGGUUGGCGCGGCGGUGGUGCUCAACGUGUCGUGGUGGCUCGUAGUGCUGUCGCAGCUGGGUUAUAUUGUGGCCGGAACUUGUGGUCGGGCGUGGACGGGCUUCUCUUGGAAGGCCUUCCAUAAUCUUUGGGAGUUUGUUAAGUUGUCUCUUGCUUCAGCAGUCAUGCUCUGUUUGGAAGUGUGGUAUUUUAUGGCCUUGAUUCUCUUUGCUGGGUACCUACCCAAUGCAGAAGUUUCUGUGGAUGGCCUAUCCAUAUGCAUGAACAUCUUGGGAUGGACAGUCAUGGUGUCUCUAGGCAUGAAUGCAGCAAUAAGUGUAAGAGUGUCGAAUGAACUAGGAGGAGGACACCCAAGAACAGCAAAGUUCUCACUAGUAGUGGCUGUGAUAUCAUCCUUUUUCGUCGGUGUUCUCAUUUCCGUCAUCCUCAUCAUCUUCAGAAACCAAUAUCCCGCCUUGUUUUCAAGCGAUUCGGAAGUGCAGGCUCUCGUGAAGCAGCUUACGCCUUUGCUGGCAACCUGCAUUGUCAUCAACAACAUUCAGCCUGUAUUAUCUGGUGUUGCAAUUGGAGCAGGAUGGCAAGCUGUUGUGGCCUAUGUGAACAUAGCAUGUUACUAUGUAGUUGGGGUACCUUUGGGUUUACUCUUUGGGUACUACUUUGACUGGGGUGUUGAGGGUAUCUGGAGUGGAAUGCUGAUAGGGACAUGCAUCCAAACUAUUGUCCUUUUCAUCAUGAUUUAUAGGACCAACUGGAGCAAAGAGGCUUCUAUAGCAGAAGACAGGAUAAAGAAAUGGGGAGGCCAAUCAGACAAUCCCAUUGACAAGGAGAGCAACAUUGCAACAACAUAGAAAGAAGUUGAAAAAUUGAAGAACCUAUUGUCUUCAACUCGCGAAAUUGGCAUAGACUAAUUACGAAUUUAUGAGGAAGAAAGUAGCCGUAUCGAAAAUGCAAUUUUUGUUUUUCAAUGUUAGGGCCAAAUCUUCUGCAAGAAUAUGAAGAUAAAUGGCACGAGACCUUCCCAGUCAUUUCGGCAUAUUGGCAGUGAAAGAUGAUUUUGGAGCUAAGUAAGAGGACUUUUAAUCGCUGUAUGACUAUUCCAGUAGGCAUAGAAAAACCAUUGUUCCUAGAUUAAUUGAUCAUCUUUGUAGUUUAUGCUCAUUAUCGAAGUUAUUUACGCCCAUUAUGUACCA